UGCCUCUUUUCCCUACAAUAUAUGAUUUUACACUUGGUGAGAAAUAACCGAGCAUCUCAUUCCCACUCUGCGACCAUAGCUCUCACAUGAAAUCUCACUGACUCCGACAACUUAGUGACUUGCGGUCACUCAGCGACUUGCGGCUUGCGGAGACAUCUAUCUUUCUAAGAAGGUCCGGCGGCUUGCGGUGACUCAGCGAUGGAAAGCAGUACUUCUCCUCAACUUUGGUGGCUCGUUACUCAGCCAUGCCAAAACAUUGGCGGCUUGCGGCGGUACUUCUCUUCAUUAUAUUCGCUUGAUUUUUUGAUUGAAUCCGAAUUUGGGAAAAGGGUUCCUUUGCUAUUUUUGGUGACCACUUGUCUCUUUCUCUUCAACUUAGGCCAAGCAAAGGUCCAGUUGAAUAAUCUUCCUAUUGAGGAGGCUACUCGGGAGACCAAACCAGACAUGCAUAACAAGUAUCCACAUCUUUUUGAUGAUUCAGGAAACAGGUUCUUAAGUUUAUAAGUUGCAAGGUAUCGGGAGCUGGUUGAACCAAGCCUAGAACCUGAGCAACUUUACCAUUACUACAGAAGAGAAGUAAUCCUUCUCCCCAGAAUUUCAAAAAUCCUAGAAAACCAAGAGAAUACUGUUCCUAUGGCCGAACAACAAGCAGCUAGUUGGAAGGUUAGGGAAGUGACAUUCCCACUUCCAACAAACUUGACUUCCCUAAUUCAAAGACCGGCAGCUGGGGAAAUUUUGAGUUGAAAUACAAUAUGGUGCAGCUUCUUAUUAAUAGUUGACAGUUUGCAGGGCUUUCACACGAGUAUCCACAAGUCCACUUGCAGACCUUCAUUAAGCUUACAAAUACAUUCACUCCAAUCGGGGUGACUCCAGAUUAUGUGAGGGUGACACUGUUUCCCCAUUCACUUAUUGGGGAAGCUAAAAAGUGGUUGAAUAUGGAGCCGGCCAAUUCAAUCACAACAUGGGAUGACUUAGCCAGAAGAUUCCUCAUCAUAUUCUUUCCAUCAGGCAAGACUGCAAGAAUUCACAGUGAGAUGGUGAGCUUCAAAUAAAAGCCUGAUGAAAAUCUAUAUCAUGCUUGAGAAUGCUUCAAAGCCCUUCUUCGGGCUUAUCCACACAACCAACAGUCGAAUGAGGUAUUUGCUUAUACUUUUGUAGAAGCUUUUGAUCACAAUACAAAGAUUUUGCUAGAUUCAGCUGCAAGUGGCCAAGCGUUGGAGCUAACUUAUGAUGAGCUGUACUCAUUACUGAUUCGCAUAGCACAAGGAAAUCCAGAGUGGAAUUCAGGUUCUAGAAGUGCCACGAAAAGAAUUGCAUUUGUGUUAGAGAUGGACCAAUUACAACCCUAUCAACUUAGGUUUCUGCAUUACAAAAUUUGAUCAACACAUCAUUCAACAGCAUGAAGUUGGGAGCAACAGAACCUGCACCACAGUUAAUGCCAUCCAACAAGCUGCAGGUUGGUGUGAAGUAUGCAGAAAUAGUGGUCAUGUGGCUACCAUGUGUGCUUCAAAUCCGAAAUCUAUAAUGUAUGUAGGCAAUGCUCAAAGGCCAAAUUAUGGUAAUGCCUACAACAUGAAGUAGCAAAGUCAUCCAUCAAAUCAGUCAUGGAAUGCCUCACAGUCAUAGGCCCAAUCGAAUUAGUCAAUGAGCAAUGAGCAACAUGGAAGAGAUGAUGAAAUAACUCUUAGCGAGUAAAACACAAUUAAUUGUGGAUCUAAAUAGUCAAAGGGUGGAAUUACAAAAUCAGAAAGUGGCUCAGAGAAAUUUAGAGUUGCAGUUUGGGUAGAUACAACAAGCGUUAAAUACCCAUCCUGAAGGUGGUCUACCCGCUGAUACAGAAAAUGCAAAACAAAUUAUGACAAUUACCUUGAGGAGUGGUAAGGAGCUUCAUGAAGAACCUCCAAAAGCAACUAAGGAGGUAGAUGCUGAUGUGGUGACCCAAUAGGUAGGUGACGAAGUUGCUGAAAAUUUAAGGAAGUUUGAGUACUUGAAGGAAAAAGUUGUUGAACCAAAAGUAAAGAAGUGGCUGCCACUACCCUUCCUUCAAAGGAAAAUAAAAGUGUAGGAGGAUGCCCUGUUUAAAAAGUUCAUUGAUACAUUCAAAGAGCUUCAUAUUAAUUUACGUCUUUAAGAUGUUUUGCAGAGUAUACCUAAGUAUGCAAGUACUUGAGGGAUGUGGUGGCGAAGAAGGUGAAAUUGUAAGAUGCGGGAGAAAUAACAUUCACUAAAGAGUGUAGUGCUGUGAUGACACAAAAGAUCCCUAAGAAACUGAAAUAUCAGGGAAAGUUUGCUAUUCCCAUUCAAAUUAGGAGUAAAGAGGUUCAUGCAUUCAGUGAUUUAGGGGAAAGUAUAAAUUUGAUACCCCCAUCUCUAUUUGAAAAAUUAGGCUUGGGAAAGCCUAGAUCAACCACUGUGAUUUUGCAGCUAGCAGACGGUUCCAUGCAUAUCCGAAAGGAAUCAUUGAGGAUAUCCUCAUAAAGGUUGGUAAAUUUUUUAUUCCUAAUGGCUUUUUUGUUCUUGAUUUUGUGGCAGGCGAACAUGUACCAAUUAUUUUGGGGUGUCCAUUCUUGGCAAUCGGAGGGGCUUUGAUUAAUGUUAGAGAAGACACACUCAAGAUGAUGGUAGAUAAUGAAGAGAUGGUAUUUGAUGUUUACAAAACACCCAUUGAAAGUCCCUUAUAUAAAUAUUUAUGCAUGAUUAAUGUGAUUGAAAGGGAUGAGUUUAGGGUGUUUAAUCUACCAAAGACCUCUUUGGACUAACUAAUUGAGCGACCUAAGUUGUGACCACCGAUUCCCUAAAUGUUAAAAGUUAAAAGAGGUUAGAAAUAAAAGAAAAAUUGGCUCCCAACAGGGAGUAAAAGGGUGAAGGAAUAUAGUUGAGUUGAUAUGGGUCAUGCCGCGACACUAAAUCAGGCAUUGCUUAGGAGGCAACCCAAGUUAAUUAGGAUGCUUGGUGAAUAUAUUAUGAUGAUAUAUGAAGGAUAUAAAAGCUUCAAAUCAAGUGGUACCAACUCAAAAAGGCUCGGAAUGGCUCAACGAAAUUAUAAUACGCAGAUUGACGCACUUUUGGACUCCUGUGAUUUCUUGGGCUCGUGUACAGUGAUGGAGUGGCCAAUGGACGUUCGGAAAACCGCAAUGGAAUCAUAAGAGGCCCAAUAUUUCAACCAUGUGGCGCAUGGUGGUCAUAUAGGCGAUUAUUCCGUGACGCGGGAUCAUUUCGGUGCCUCCUUUGCCUAAGAAAAAUUUUUGAGAAAAAUUCCAGAGAGGUAGGUGGAUAUUGAGGCACCACCCCACCUACUCCGGGGCUUAAUAACUGAAGGUUUUCUUGUCCAACACGGAAGGUCUUGUUCCUAUACUAUAAAGACAUGUUGUAUCAUAUUUUUACGCAUCUUUUUGCAUAUUUUGGAGAGCAAAGGGCUGCUACAACUUCUUCA